CUCCAAGCCCCUCUAGCCACCAACUCAUUCUUUGAGAAAAUUGGUGACCAAACUUGGGAUUUUCUCCUUCUUUUCUUGUUCUUGAACCUAGAAAUUUCCCCCUUCUGUGCUGGAAAUUCCAGAUCUACUCUGCUCUGUCUUCCCCGCCUGCUGCUCUUGCUUGUGGGUGUGAUUUUCGGUCUUUCUGUUUGCCGUGAGUUUCCCCCCUGGAUCCCGUCGGCUUCCUCACCAGCCAAGCUCGGGUUCUGCUGGCUGGAAUUCUGGUUUUGAUCAUUCUGUCACCGUAGCACUUGGGUUAGCCUUCUGUUCUGUGCGAGUAAGGAAGCGAAACUGAGGACGGGGAAACCAAGAGGAGUGACGAGUUAGAAGGCUAGCCACUUGUAAUUGAUUUGAAUUAUUGGAUGGUCAGAUGUGAUUUGGAUAAGUUCUGAGCCUUGUGCAUUUGUGGGACCCUCUCACGAGUGCACGGCGUUUGUCGCGCCUCAAAUUCGGGUUCUGGGGCGUGACAAUUAUAUUACUUAGAGUGACUAGUGUACUUAUUAGAGUGAUUUUAGUGCAUCAAAUUCCUAAAUGAGGCUUCCAACUUUAUAUAUAAAAUUGUAAUGGAUUUGCUAUGGCUUUCUGUAGUUUUCAAAGAAACACUUAAGAGAUCUUAUCUUCUUCAAAUCCCUGAGUGUACAUGCGGAUUACUGCUAAAGAAGUUCUACCCUUGGGCUCUAAGACUUCAUCAGAGGAUGAUGAUAAGAGUUAUGCCCCAACAAGGCAUGCGACAUUGAGGUUAAGUUUAUCAAUGGAGUUUGGUACAGCUAAGUCGCCUUUUAACUUGUUUGUCACCGCCUUUUCAUUUGAUAAGUUUUGGGAGUUGGAUUGAUUACCGUGCAUUUUCUUGUUUGUUACUUUAGAAAUUCUAAAUGAUUUGAAGUCUACAAAGAUUCCAUGGCAUUAUGUGCUUCAAGUUACCAUUUUUGUGUCUCAUUUAGAAUAUCUGCUGGGACCCACAUCAAUAUUUCAUUUUUUUUUUCUUCACUUUAGUUCCCCCAUUUUGUGAAACCCUUCAUCUUCUUUAACCUCUGUCCUUCAUCCACCUUCCCCAUUCUUCAAUUAGAUCCAAGCGUUCGAAUGUAUCUCCUUCAAUCAAUCAAGGUCCGAUAAAUGGAAGGCACAAUUAAGAGAAAUCAAGCAAUCCAACUCUAAUCAACAAUGGACCUUCUUUGGUGCUUCUGAUAAAUAGUUAGGGUUUGUACACCUUUCAAAACCUUACAUCUUUGCACUUUUGCAUCUUUUAUUCUAUUACCAUUGUAUUUAGGGUUUCAUAAGACUUGAUUUCUAGUUUUUGAUGAACUUAAUUUUUGGUCCUAAUAUGAUAGUGUG